GAUAUCCAUUCAGUUCCUUUUUUUGUGGCUCAAGCGGAGACCUCCAACACUAAGCAGCCAUGGAUGCCAUCAAGAAGAAGAUGCAGAUGCUCAAGCUCGACAAGGAGAAUGCCUUGGACAGAGCUGAGCAGGCCGAGUCAGACAAGAAAGCAGCGGAGGACAGAAGCAAACAGCUUGAGGAUGACCUGGUAGCAUUGCAGAAGAAGCUGAAGGCAACUGAGGAUGAGUUGGACAAGUACUCUGAAGCCCUGAAGGAUGCCCAGGAGAAACUGGAGCUCGCUGAGAAGAAAGCCACAGAUGCUGAGGGUGAUGUAGCUUCCCUGAACAGACGUAUCCAGCUGGUUGAGGAGGAGUUGGACCGUGCUCAGGAGCGUCUGGCCACAGCUCUGACCAAGCUGGAGGAGGCUGAGAAGGCUGCUGAUGAGAGUGAGAGAGGCAUGAAAGUCAUUGAGAACAGGGCAAUGAAGGAUGAGGAGAAGAUGGAGCUGCAGGAGAUCCAGCUUAAAGAGGCCAAACACAUUGCUGAGGAGGCUGAUCGCAAAUAUGAGGAGGUGGCCCGUAAGCUGGUGAUCAUUGAGAGUGACUUGGAACGUACAGAGGAGCGUGCUGAGCUGUCUGAGGGCAAAUGCUCAGAGCUUGAGGAGGAGCUGAAAACCGUGCAGAACAACCUGAAGUCUCUGGAGGCUCAGGCAGAAAAGUACUCACAGAAGGAGGACAAGUACGAGGAGGAGAUCAAGGUUCUCACAGACAAGCUGAAGGAGGCUGAGACCCGUGCUGAGUUCGCUGAGAGAUCAGUCGCCAAGCUGGAGAAGACCAUUGAUGACCUGGAGGACCAUCUUUACAAGCAGCUUGAGAAAAAUCGUCUUCUGACCAAUGAACUGAGAGUAGCCUUAAAUGAGGCGUAAACUAGGCUGGGUUCUCACAUGCUUUAACUUUUCUGACACUUCAAAGUCCAGGAAUAUUUUAAGGUUUUAUUAAAGAUGCCAAUGUCUGCGACACAUACUGUGAGCAAUCUUCUUGCUCACAUCUCGAUUUACUUUUUUUUUUUUUUUUUUUUUUUUUUCCAAUAGCACUUUCAUGUGGGAUGUUGGGUAACUUGGAUUUGAUGGAUCUCCUCAGUUAUUGUCAGAGCUGGAACACAUGCACUGGUUGUAAUUUACAUUAUUUUUAUUUAUUUAUUUUUUUUAAACCCCACACUAGGAGGUUUUAAGGGGCGUAGGAUUGUUUCUACAUCUGUUCUCAAGUUGAACUUGUAACAAAAAAAAAAAAAGAAGAUAAAUCAUGGAGUAUGACUUUAGGUGUGGUGUGUUUGGAUGUACUGAACACCAAAACAACUGGGUAUUUUAGUUGCGGUACAGAUUUGAGGGACUACCUUAGCAUUUAUUUAUCUGUAGCAUGUCAGUGGACAGUCUCAGGUCAGUGAAUUGAACACGUUACAUUAAUUUGGUUUUAGUCUUAUUUUAAAUGCUGUGAUGCUUGAGAGCCACUGUGAGCUAGGUUUAUUCUCGACCCCCAGUUGAUCAGGUAAGAGUCACAUGAAGCUGAACUGUAGCAAAAGAAAAGAUUGUGUGUUUAGGAUGUAGCAACAAGACCUUUUGGGCUAACUGGUGGUGGUGGUAUAAAAGUCUUAUGAAUGACUGCAUGUUGACUCAAGACCCCCCCCCCCCCCCCCCCCCCCCCCUUUGAAUGGGUUUAAGCUUCACAACAUCAACAGAAAAUGUAUUUUAAGCAGUUUUGGUCUUUAAACUAAAUUUGUCUUGCAUCAGAAAAUCUGUUUUAUAGACACUUGUGCAGUCAUGACUUCAGCCCUGUCAAUAACCUAACGCAUCAGCUCCAAAGAGAAGGAAGACUUACCAAAAGGGAUUUAAGUUUAAUAAGAUGAGGAUAUGUACUUGAUUAUAAAAAAAAAAAAAAAAAUAAUCCAACUCUUCAGGUUUGUGACAAUAUCAGCAUGUUGGUUAUUGUUCUUCUGGACCAGAACCUUGUCUGUUUAUUUUCUCUGCUGUGUUGGCUUGUUUGAUGGUCUUUUAACUGUUGUAAUGCUAUAUUAACAGAUAAACUCACACGUGCUAAAGAAGAAGGCCUGAACAUAAAGCAGAUGCUGGAUCAGACUCUUAUGGAAAUGGUUAAUAUUUGACCCAGCUCUAUUCCUCUCCAAACAUUAUGUCACAUUCUCUGAAUAUGGCUGGCUCUCACAUCCAACCACUACAGAUUGUGGGGGUUUGCGUUCUGGUCUCUCCUGGCCUUGUCAGCUUGAGGACACAAGCUCUACACAGAGUAGCCGCUACAAGUUUAUGAGCAGCAAUUCAACUGCAGUGUUUGUAUUACAUGUUCACUGUUGAUCUUUAAUUGUUUACAUGUAUAUGUUGGGACUUUGCACUUUUUGUGGUAAACAUACUGCACAUGAUCAUUUUUGAAUGAAGCCAUAAUUUAAGCCAAGGUUAUAUAAAAGGGACUUUUAUUAUAUGUACUUUAGUAAAGUUGAUUUUGUGCCAGUUUCUUUUGUAUUAACACAUUCAGUGUCAUUGAUGUUUUUCUCCCACAGUUCAUCAAGGAAUUCUUAGCACAGUUUGGAAUGUACUGCAUUGUCAGUGAAGCGAGAGAAAUACUUUUGCUCUGUACUGUCUCUUAUGUAGAUGUUUUCAUUAGCAAAAGCCUGUUUUUUCCCCCUAUCUCUUCCAUUUUAUCUUUGAACAAAUCAUAAAUAAAUGGUUGAACCAA